GUGAGUAUUGAAUUCAGAAAGCGGCAGAUCUAAGCAUUGUCGUAACGGCACAAAAUGCUUAGUGUAUUUAACGAAAACCAGAAAAAGCUUAAUGAUUUCACAGAGGAUACAAAGGGUAUCAGUACUGGGACCACACUUUUUGCAUGUGAGUAUGAUGGAGGCGUCGUUAUUGGAGCUGAUUCAAGGACAUCAUCUGGAACGUAUGUUGUAAACCGCGUAACAGACAAGCUAACACAAUUGACAAAGUCUAUAUACUGCUGUCGGUCUGGGUCUGCUGCCGACACGCAAGCAGUAGCGGAUAUGGUGCGCUACCAGCUAGAUUUUCACCGCCUUGAAAUGAAUCGAGAACCAACUGUUUUGGAAGCAGCUGUUUCUUGCAAACAUUUCUGCUACAACUACAGAGAUGACUUGGUUGCGGGCAUUAUAGUUGCUGGAUGGGAUGAGGAAUUAGGUGGCCAGAUAUACUCGAUUCCUCUCGGCGGCAUGCUCAUAAGACAACCAAUCGUUAUUGGUGGUUCUGGUAGUACAUAUACCUAUGGUUACGUGGAUCACGGUUUUCGCAAGGGGAUGACAAGAGAAGAGUGUGUCAGUUUUGUUUUAAAGGGUGUUGCUCUUGCCAUUAACAGAGACGGUUCCAGCGGUGGUUGUGUACGUUUAGCGAUUAUUUCCAAGGACGGUGUGGAAAGAAUACUAACAAAAGGUGAUGAAGUUCCAGUGUAUCGGUUUUCCUGAAAUAUAAAUAUAACCGUAUAAAUGUGAAAACUACUUUUUUGUAUUACUGUCUUAAAUAUACCGUCUUUUUUCAUCUUCCCUCUCAUAAGUAGUUAUAAGCCUACUAUUGCAAAAAAAAUAUUCUAUGAGACUUCGAUCACCCAACUGACGCAUUUUAUCCGUUUUUAAUCUCCUAAAUUAUGAUAAAUGUCUGAUUUAUAGAGUUGAUAUCAUGUCGGGAUAUAUCAGUCAAAUAAUUAUUAUUCCAUAUAAAUAGUAUUCAUGAUUAGUUGUUUUACUGGUAUACCUGAAUUGUAGUAAAAAAGAAUCCGAACUAAAAAGUAGUCAUUUGAUACUUCACUGGGAGUAACUAAUUAUUUCCCAUUUGUACAUAAAUAUCUAACAAAUUGCGAUUUCUUGACUUGACGUAAAGGGAAAUCAGUUGGUAGUUACCGUAGCA